AUGGAAACCGAGUUGAAUGAGAGUCGCCUACUCGCCCAGUUCGACAGUCUCGUCGAGCAAGGCUCGGUGGUCUACAACGGAAACUACCGCACUGUCACCGUGUCGGACAAUGGCUUUCCGAUCGAAUUCCGCAUCCUAGACGGUCUCCAAAAGAAACCACAGUUGUCUGACACUCCCCAUGACUCAGAGAAGCGCUCCUCUCCGGAAGAACAAGCCCCCUCAGGUUGCCGGCCUGGAAGCGACAUCGACACAACAGGCUACGAGGUCGCCACACUCGGAUCAACCCACCUCCUCGCCAUCAACAAGUUCCCUGCGGCGCGCCCGCACCUCCUGAUCCUCACCCAGGACGGCUUCCGCCGGCAGCACGAGGCCCUGGACCUCAGCGACCUCACGGCCGCACGGCAGGUCCUAGCCUCGCUCGAGAGCCGCCACCUGCUGCUCUUCAACUGCGGCAUCGACAGCGGGUGCAGCCGCAUGCACAAACACAUGCAGGCCUUUCCGGCGCCGGACCCCAAGGACUUCCCCCUCUGGCCGGACGAAGAAGAAGCCAAGUUAGCCAACGCGCAAGUUCAACAAGUCGUCAAGCCGACGUUCAAGUUCUUCCUGCACCGCUUCGCGGAUGAUGGCCUGCCUCCGCCCGACACGCUCCUGGGCAUCUACCGAGGACUGGUCCGCCGGGCGGAGAGGGAGGCCGCCGGCUACGUCGUCGCCCGGGAAGAAGGAGGCGAGGGGGAGCAGGUCGCCGUGGUGGCCCAUAAUGUGAUUAUGGAUCGGUCGUGGCUGUUGGUUGUUCCGCGGCGCGCGGCCGGCUGGGACGGCGUGGACACGAACGCCGCGGGCAUGCUGGGCAUGGUGUGGGUGCACAGCGAGGAGAAGAUGAAGCUUUGGAUGGAGCGCGGGCCGGGGAAUGUGCUGGCGCGCCUUGGGAUCCCGGCUGACGGAAUUUGA